AUGUCGUCGAAAACGAGUAUCAGGCCAGUUGAAGAUAUCGUCGGCUACACAUUCAAGUCAAAACCUCUUCUCUUAAAGGCGCUCACUGCCGCGGGGUCAGAGCUCAACGAUUAUGACGGCAACAGGAGACUGGCACAACUUGGAACUGCCUUGGUUGAAUUCCUUCUCGUUUACAUUGGCUAUAGGCAAAACGUUCCCAGGGAUCAUACCACCCGAUUUAAAAUUCGGUUUGGCGGUAGCAAACAUCGCGCCGCUGUUGCAAAGCGCACUGGCAUCGAUAGCUAUAUCAGCUACAGCUCGAGGUCAGGCGCAAAAGCGCCAACCGUUCUUGCUAAGUCUUUGAACGCGAUUAUAGCUGCUACCUUUGUGGACUCGAGGGAUAUUGCGGUUGCUUUCAGAGCCAUGUUACGCCUAGGUGUUCUGGUCGAAGAGAACGGCUGUAUUAACCCAAGGCUGUUAAUGCUUGACCAGGGGGAACCUUGCGAGACGGUAUGGUCGAUUAUGAAUUUGCUUAUUGGCGGGGAUUUUGUGGAUAUCAAUUCGCCUACCGAGGGAUGCAUUAAUCCCUCCCAACCAUUCAAUGAUUCUGGUUUAAAUCCGCUUGCGAUAGAAGAUGAAACCUUUUGCCCAACAGUGGCUGAAAAUGGCCAUGAUUCGGGGCUUGAGACUACGUUGGAAACGGAGCAAGGCGGAGGAAAUUCUAGCAUUUCCGAACCGCAAAAUGACCAAAUUAUGGCGGAUCUGAUGGGGGGUAGGAGCCAACACCAGGAGACUACAUGCUGCCCGGAAGCCUCGCUGUUGCUCAAUAGCCAAAACAAGCCAAGCCAAGCGCAGGCAAGAAAUAUCGCCUCCGAUGGCAUUGCUGGAUCUUUAUCUGCCCAAGACAAUAAAGGAGCAAGAAACUUAUCUGACAACGCUUUUUCUCGCGGUAAUGCUACAAGAAGAAAGAGGCCAGCCAAAUCAGUUGAAAACUGUGCAUAUCCCAAGAAACCCGCAUAUGCUUUGCGAACAAUCGACGACCGGCUUGGACAAUUCCUCGUUCACGAAAAUGAAAAAUGCAAAGCUCAAGGACUCCAACCUCCGAGCGAAACUUUUUUCACACCUCACAUCCAAGAGCGUGUGUUGGGUCUUGGCAGCGGUACCAUAGAUGUUUUGGGGAUGACUGUGGCCACUAUUGCAAGCGCACAAUCUGUCAUCACCCUCCAAGAAGCCCUUCGAUACAAGCGAGCUCAGACCGGCUAUGCAUUGUGCCAAUUAAAACGAGGGAUUUCUUGCCGCGAUCGGAUUCAAAUCAUCGAGAAACUGGAUCAAAGUAUCGUCUAUGCACACCUACUUAGACGAUACCACGUUCUCGAACUGUUUGAAGAGUGUGGAGGCCCUGACAAUGGGUGGAACAAUGGCUUUGUUCUCACAACUCCUCUUGAUUUUAAACAGGCCACGAGAAAAUCCGGAAAUCCAGUAAACAAUGCUGACUCUGAAGUUACAAAAACCAUGAUGCAGAAGUGUUUCCCGGAGGUGCAACCGUCCGCGGAAAACUAUGUAGCCAAGUAUCGAGCUAUGAAAAGGCUACGAAAACUUGGUGAACGACUUCAUUUCAUGACGACCAAAUUUGGUAGAGGUGUGCUUGGGCUCUUGCUGGAUGGUAGAGAGACGCAUGAAGAAAUUGGGAUUUCAGACAACAUGAUUCUUGCUGUUCCUGAUACAGAAUUUGCGGAGUACGUUUCGGUUCUCGAUACAUCACAGGGGGCUGCCCUCCGUGAAUUUAGUGACGCAGUAUUGAGGCUUGUUAAUGCACUACUUUAUGGUACACUACCGGACAGCGAAACAACGCUUGAAAGGGCCGAGAAAAAGGAGAUCUUAGCUUGCGCGAAGGGAUCUCGGGCCUUAUUGAGCUUUCUCCAACCACUCUGA